AUGUCCAAUGAAAUGAAAAAGGACAUCAAGGGAUCUCGUUUCGUAUUCAAAGAGGCAAGGGCACCCCGGAACAAACCAUCCCGUCGCCUGCAAGCACUUAUCGGUGAAUCCACAUUCACGAAUAUCGCGUGUGUGACAACGCCGAAAACCCAUCAUCGCAUCAAUACAUUCUACCUAUCUCUCGACAAAGUGCUUAGCGAAAUGAAAUCGCGAUUUCACAACAACAAUCAAGAAAUUUUGUGCGUUUUGGGAGACGUUGUGCUAAACGACUCACCUUUAGAAAACAGCUUUGAUGCUGUGGCAGAGUUUUACAAUGUCGAUAGGGAUCUUUUGAAGUGGAGAAGAGUAUGUAUCAAAUUUCCAUCACGGACGAGUCCAAUCCUCGGGCGAAAACUGCAGCAAACGUUGUCGACAAAAUGUUUCAGGAUGGACUAUGUGACUUAUUACCUGUAUUAUACGAAGCAGCAACCAUUCUUGCGUCGAUUCCCGCUACGUCCUGUACUGCUGAAAGGUCAUUCAGUGGAUUGCGGCGCGUGAAAACCUACCUCCGCUCGACAAUGGGCGAAGAACACUUGAAUUCUAUCGCUGUCAUUAACAUUGAACGAGCAUAUGCUAACCGAACUAUUAAGAACGACAUGGUUAAAAUAAUUGAUACUUUUGGUAGAAGAAAUGGACGAGUUUUUUGUCAUCAGCUUAAAAAUUCGGGAAAAUUUUGUCCCCCAAUAGAUUUGUGCCCGUACGCCUAUGUUCAAGAAUAG